UAACACCCCACCGUAAUUCCACUCAUUCUGCGUUUUGGUUUUGUGGUAUAAGCGAGAGAAGAGAGAGAAAAACGCCGAAGAGAAGGUUUUUCCCAAAGCGAAAGAUAGAAGCGAAUUAGGGAGCCAGCGAAAGUAGUCUAUGUUUUAUAUCCUUUAAUCCUAUUCAUAACUAAUCCCAUUUAAAAAACGACCGUUGAAAUCAUUCCCGCCAUGGUCGACCUCCACCCGCAUCAGCUCCGCCAGGAGCCACAACCCUCUUCAGACCACUUAGAGAAGACAAAGUCUCUGAUAUGUGCCCUUAACCUCGUCUCUCGUGACCUCCCUCUUCCUCCUGACCUCUUCAACACCGUCUACUCCAUCUACUCCAGUGCUCAAAGUGACGAUGAUGGUACUCUCGACGGUGCGGCCCACGAUGGGAACGAACUGCAAGAGGACCUGGGGAUUCCUACGGGCGGAGACUUGAUGACUGACCUUGAGGAUGCACUAUUAAAGCAAAGGCCUAAUUGCACGUCAGGUUUUGUAUUGGGGGAAUCAAGGGAAAAGCGAUAUCAAGGUCAUAUUCUGCAUCGGGUACAUGAACUUGAAGAACUGCCUUCAACCAGAGGCGAGGACCUGCAGACCAAGUGCUUACUUGAACUUUAUGGACUAAAGCUAGCAGAGUUGCAGAGGAAAGUACGGUCUGAAGUGAGUUCAGAGUAUUGGCUUUACUUGAAUUGUGCAUCUUCUGAUAAACAGUUAUUUGACUGGGGUAUGAUGACAUUGCGCCGUCCAUUAUAUGGCGUAGGAGAUGCAUUUGCCACAGAAGCUGAUGAUCAAUUCAGGAAGAAACGGGAUGCGGAGAGGCUUUCGAGGUUAGAAGAAGAAGAAAGGAACCAAAUAGAGACUAGAAAGAGAAAAUUUUUUGCUGAAAUACUUAAUGCAGUUCGAGAGUUCCAAUUGCAAGUUCAGGCUGCUCUUAAGCGCAGGAAGCAAAGGAAUGAUGGGAUCCAGGCAUGGCAUGGAAGGCAAAGGCAGCGUGCUACUCGAGCUGAAAAACUGAGGUUCCAAGCCCUGAAGGCGGAUGAUCAAGAAGCUUAUAUGAGAUUAGUAAAGGAGAGCAAGAAUGAGAGACUUACAAUGCUUCUUGAAGAGACGAAUAAACUCCUUGUUAAUUUGGGUGCUGCAGUUCAGCGUCAAAAAGAUGUAAAACAUUCAGAUGGCAUUGAAUCCUUAGAAGAGUCAGAAGCUGAUUCUGAGUUGGAUCCUUCAAGAAAUGAAAGCCCAGGGGAGACACCUGAGGAAGAUGCAGACAUCAUUGAUUCUGAUCACAAUGAUGAUACUGGCGAUUUACUUGAAGGUCAGCGGCAGUAUAACUCAGCCAUUCAUUCAAUUCAGGAGAAGGUAACAGAGCAGCCAUCCAUUCUUCAGGGUGGACAAUUAAGAUCAUACCAGUUAGAAGGGCUUCAAUGGAUGCUUUCUUUGUUCAACAACAAUUUAAAUGGAAUUUUAGCCGACGAAAUGGGAUUGGGCAAGACAAUACAAACUAUUUCAUUGAUUGCUUAUCUGAAGGAGAAAAAAGGUGUCUGUGGACCACACUUGAUAGUGGCUCCAAAGGCUGUACUACCCAAUUGGAUCAAUGAAUUCUCAACCUGGGUUCCUGAGAAUGAGAUUAAAGCUAUUCUUUAUGAUGGGCGUCUAGAUGAGAGAAAGGCAUUAAGAGAACAGUUGUCAAGAGAUGGAAACUUUGAUGUGUUGAUCACACACUAUGAUCUAAUCAUGAGAGAUAAAGCAUUUUUGAAAAAAAUACACUGGCUCUACAUGAUCGUUGAUGAAGGGCAUCGAUUAAAGAAUCAUGAGUGUGCUCUUGCACGAACUCUUGUCACCGGGUACCAGAUUCAACGUAGACUUCUACUAACUGGAACUCCAAUACAGAAUAGCUUACAAGAAUUAUGGUCCCUGCUUAAUUUUCUCCUCCCACAUAUCUUUAAUUCAGUUCAGAACUUUGAGGAGUGGUUCAAUGCUCCUUUCGCUGAUAGGGGUGAUGUUACUCUUACUGAUGAGGAGCAGCUGUUGAUCAUUCGACGCUUGCAUCAUGUUAUUAGGCCAUUUAUAUUGAGGAGGAAAAAAGAUGAGGUGGAGAAAUACCUUCCUGGGAAGUCCCAGGUUAUCCUGAAAUGUGAUAUGUCAGCAUGGCAGAAAGUAUAUUACCAACAAGUUACAGAGAUGGGCAGAGUUGGCUUACAUACUGGCUCUGGGAAAUCAAAAAGUCUACAGAAUUUGUCCAUGCAGCUCAGAAAGUGCUGUAACCACCCAUACCUUUUUGUUGGAGAAUAUAAUAUGUGGCGGAGAGAAGAAAUCAUAAGAGCUUCUGGAAAAUUCGAACUACUUGAUCGAUUACUUCCAAAACUCCGAGCAACAGAUCACAGAGUGCUGCUUUUCUCACAAAUGACCCGUCUUAUGGACAUUCUUGAAAUUUAUUUGCAACUAAAUGAUUAUAAGUAUCUUCGACUUGAUGGCUCAACAAAAACAGAGGAAAGAGGAACUUUACUAAAGCAGUUCAAUGCUCCAGAUUCACCUUAUUUCAUGUUUCUCUUGAGUACUCGUGCUGGAGGACUUGGUUUGAAUUUACAAACAGCUGAUACUGUAAUAAUAUUUGAUAGUGAUUGGAAUCCUCAAAUGGACCAACAAGCAGAGGAUCGUGCACAUCGUAUUGGGCAAAAGAAGGAAGUUAGGGUCUUUGUGUUGGUUAGUGUUGGAUCAAUAGAAGAGGUUAUUUUAGAGCGUGCAAAACAGAAGAUGGGAAUCGAUGCCAAAGUUAUCCAGGCAGGACUUUUUAACACAACAUCCACAGCUCAGGACAGACGAGAUAUGUUAGAGGAGAUAAUGCGUAGAGGAACAAGUUCACUUGGAACAGAUGUGCCAAGUGAGAGAGAAAUUAACCGACUUGCAGCCCGAUCCCCAGAAGAAUUUCGGAUUUUUGAGGAGAUGGAUAAGGAGAGAAGGCAAAAUGAGAACUAUAGAUCUCGUCUCAUGGAAGAGCACGAGGUACCUGAAUGGGCAUAUUCCCACCCUGACAAGGAAGACAAAGCCAAAAGAUUUGACCAGAAUAAUACUGCUGUCUUGGGAAAGCGGAGAAGGAAAGAAGUCACAUAUGCUGAUACAUUAAGUGAUUUACAAUGGAUGAAGGCUGUAGAGAGUGGACAGGACAUAUCGAAGCUGUCAACCAAAGGAAGAAGACGCGAACAUCUUCCAUCUGAGGGUAAUGAAUCAGCUAGUAAUAGUACUGGAACAGAAAAAAAGGCUCUCGAUUUGAGGAAUGAGAUCAUUCCUACGGCAAGUGAAGGAACGAGUGAAGAUACUUGUUCAACCCCGAAGAGAUUCAAGCCUGAUGGAGGAAUUCAUGGAAAACCUGAAUAUCAAGGUGAAGAGAAGUCUGAACAUCAAGGAACCAUAGGAAACAGUUGGAGCGGGCAUGUACUUACAUGGAAUGCUCAUAAGAAGAAGAGAUCUAGCUAUAUCAUCCAGAGUUCGUCCUCUGAUUCCAGAGGGCAGAAUUCCAAUGGAAGAGGAAAUGGUUGGGUCUAAUUUAACCUUUCAAAGUGACGAUGGAAUUCUGCAAUUCCCUUAGCCUUUUUACCUUUUGUUGCUGAGCUUGAAUGGAGUCGUCAACGUUGGCCUUUGAAGUCGCCUCUCUAACUGCUUGCUUGUUGAUCAUGCACAAUUUCUCUCUUUUCUGGCAUCUGCAACUUGGCUUGCGCAAAUCAGCAACCAAUGUAACAUUAACCCAAUUUAUGAAAGGUGCCGCUUCUCAUCUCCACUGGCUUCCGACAGGGACUGCUCCGGAUUGGAUGAGGAUUGCAAAGCUGUGGCCUCUUCUAUUUAAUGGGUUACUUGUAAUAUUACGUAUAAGGAAGAAUGUUAUGCUUCCCUCCUAAUCUGUGAAAUGUACCUUUCAUUUUUA